UUCUUUCUUUUCUUACUCUUCACCUCAUUCCUUUUUUUUUUUUAUUAUCAUUAUGAAGAAAAAGUCAACACCUUUGGAAAGAGAUGCCUCCAUACCGUUAUUACAACCCUCUAACCAACACACCUCUCGAUCCUCAAGAAAAAAGACGCGACUUGCAUUGACGUUAAGUGUGGCAGUUCUUUUUGGUACGUCUUGUCUUCUUUUAUCACGUCAACUUCCUCAAACGUCUUCCUCUUCUUUGUACAGUAACAACAAGAAUAAUUUUAUUCUCCAGAAUGAUCAAGUGGUUUCUCCUGGAAUCUCUUGGACUUCGUUUCAACAAGGACUUGGUCAGUGUCGUGACAUUAAGGAACGAGCUUUAGCAUUUACCAAUACGACUCGAGUGCGUCACCGAAAUCCUAGGGCAAGUACAGCAAGUGUUGAAAAACCAUUAUUGAUCAAGAAUGGACAUAUUUGGCUGGGUGACCGAUACUUGGAUGGCGAUGUUCUGAUAAAGGAUGGUCUUAUUAAGGCGGUGGGAACUAACCUUACUUCUCCAACGGACGAUACGACAAUUUUGGAUGCCGAGCAUCGUGUGGUUACACCCGGCAUUGUUGAUAUGCAUUCUCAUAUGGGUGCUGCAAGUUUACCUGGUUUGGAUGCCACAGCCGAUGAAAAUGAAACGACUGAUCCAACUACCCCUUUUGUACGUAUAGUGGAUGCAUUCAAUCCUAGUGAUUCUGCGAUUAAAGUAGUUGCAAGUGGUGGUAUUACAACAAGUUUGAUUUUACCAGGUUCGGGCAAUUUGAUGGGUGGUGAAGCUGCUGUGGUAAAACUUAGACCUGUACCGACACUCUCGGUAUACGAUAUGCUUAUUAGUGCUGGUGUUUCUGAAGAAGAUCAAGAAGUAGUCCAUCGAUAUAUGAAAAUGGCCUGUGGUGAAAAUCCCAAACGUGUCUAUGGUACUGAAGCGAAAAAGAUGCCAUUGACAAGAAUGGGUGAAAGUUAUUUGUUCCGUAAACGUUUCCAACAAGCUCGCGAUUUGCUUCGUUCUCAAAAUGAUUGGUGUGACGCUGCUGAACGGCUUGAUAAAGAACAAGAUAGUGAAUUACGUCUAUCUGAACGAUUCCCUGAAGACAUUGCUUUGGAAAGUUUGGUAGCCUUACUACGCGGAGAUGUUAAAUUGAAUGUUCACUGUUACUUACCUCAUGAUUUGGAAGCCAUGGUCCAUCACUCUUUGGAAUAUGGAUUUGAUAUUGCUGCAUUCCAUCAUGCUUUGGCGGCUUGGCAAGUACCUGACAUUAUCAAACGCGCAAAGACAAAUAUUACCGUGGCAACUUUUGCUGAUAUGUGGGGAUAUAAGCAUGAAGGUUGGUCUACAAAUGUACAUGCACCUGGUAUCCUGACUGAAGCUGGUAUUCCUGUUGCUUUUAAAAGUGAUCAUCCCGUUAUGAAUGCUAGAGAUCUUAUACAUGAAGCGCAAAAAGCAUACCACUAUGGAUUUGAUGAACAUAAAGCAUUAUCGGCAGUGACAAGCAUUCCUGCUAAUGCCUUGGGCGUUGGCCAUCGUAUUGGAAGUAUUCAAGAAGGCAAGGACGCUGAUCUUGUGAUUUGGGAACGACAUCCUUUGAGAUUAGGUGCGAGACCAAAGAAAGUGAUCAUCGAUGGGGAAAUCUUAAACUUCCGCAAGCCAUGGGCCAAAGAUGUAGAAGAGGUUAUUGACGAACACUUUUUGAUGGAUGAUUCUUACGACACUCACAACACAUCUAUUGACGAUACCAUCCUUCCUGAACGACCCACUGGAUCCAUGCAUUUAGAAGAUCAUGGUCUCAACAACCCGAUACAUAUGAAUGAUGCUUGCUCAAAAGGGGUUCAUUCCUUCGUACUCCGUAAUAUUGGUCGUCUAAUGAUGAGUCCUGGUCAAGAAUACCGACGCGGUGAUACUUCAAAAGAUAUUUUUUUGGUGGUUCAAGAUGAUCUUGUGAUUUGUGCUGGAUAUGAUUGUAAUCGUGAACAAGUAGAUUGGCCUACCUCUAGUCCUGUAUUUGAUAUGAAUGGUGCUGUUGUUAUUCCUGGUAUCGUGUCUGCUGGUGUUCCUAUGGGUAUGAUCGAAAUCCAAGCAGAAUCAAGUACGAUGGAUGGUGAAACGAAUCUCAACAUUGAUGAUGAAAACUUGGUCAAGUCAGUGGCAAGAGCAGCUGAUGGCAUCAAAAUGGGAGGAUUACAUAUGAAGAAAGCCUUCCAAGCAGGUGUGACUUCAACCAUUUCACAACCAUUGCAAGCUGCAGUACCUCUUGGUGGUGUAUCAGUUGCAGCAAGAAUUGGUGUAGAAAAUACAGUCUUGGAUACCAAUGAUACCUUGAUCAGGGAUGAAGCUGCGCUACAUUUUAUACUUGAAAACAUUGGUACACUCACCGUAUCUCAACAAAUUGCCGGCAUUCGUAAAUUAUUGACGACCAAUGCUAAAGAAAAUCCAGCAACAAAUGUCUUUGCCAAAGCAGCUCAAGGACAACUACCCGUGGUGGUUCAGGCGAAUAACAAGGACGACAUUGCAGCCAUUAUCCGAUUAAAGCAACAACUACAUUCUGUACAAUUCAUCAUCUUGGGUGGAGCUGAGGCUCAUUUGGUAGCAGAUCAUUUACAACGCUGGUCCAUUCCUGUGAUUCUGAUGCCUGCUAGAUGUUAUGCCACGACUUGGGCCCAACGACACUGCUUACCUGGUCAUCCUUAUACCAAGGACACAGUGCUUGAUGUCCUGUUGAAACACAAUGUCAAAGUGGGUCUUGGUAGUACAGAUAUUGACAAUGGUGAUGCUCGCAACUUGAUCUGGGAAGCUGGUUGGCAUUAUGAUUUGGAUUUUGAGCAGACAGUGGGUUUGAUUACCUGGAAUCUGGCGGAUAUGUUUGGUUUGGACAUAGGAAGAAUUCAACUAGGACAUAAGGCUGACUUUGUGGCUUACAAUGGAGAUCCCUUUGAAUUCGGUACUUCUGUCUUGAUGGUCAACGGUGGUGGACAUGAUGGUCCUCUUUGUGUCCAUCGCAAGGAUAUAGUUUAGUUUAGAUCCCGAUUUUUUUUUUUUUUGUUUUAGUAUGUGCGAUUAUAUAUAUAUAUGAUGUCUUGAAUAAAAAGAAACAAGGGGAGUAAGUUAGUUACAUAGUAUGUGUGUAUAUGUAUAUAUAUUUUUUUUCUUCCUUUCACAAGUGAUAUGACAUGGAUACAGUAUAUAGUAGUUAUUUAUUUGAUUUAUAUUAAUGACUUUGAUUUAU